ACCUGCACAGUGACACAACUGUAGAGUAAAGAGGAGGCGGCUGGUGAGUGAGAGUAGAGCUGAGAGAGUUGCGGAACAAAGGACAAAUAAAGAGCAGAGGGGAAACAGGAAAAAGACGGAAACUCGCUGGUUAAUUUCUGCCCGCACCGAUGUCCGAGGCCCGCCGGGUGCCAGCGGGAGACAGUCGACCGAGGCAGAGCGCUUAGGACCGGCCGCUGGAGUGGAAAGCUUCGGGGGAGGGGGGUGUGUGUUGGGGAACGGACACCGCUGGAGCUCUUCUCCGUGACUGCAAAAUGAUGGAUUCCCCCACGGAUCUUUUCGAUGACUCUGCUCCCCAGAUGCACGCAUUUGCUCCGACUCACAGCUCCACAGAUCUCCCUGGAGUUCAUCCUCAGCCCAGUGCCGGGCGCCCUCCUCCAGCCUUCAGACCGCCCGGAUUCCCCCUCAUCCACCACCUCCUCCAGCCCAGUGGAGCCCCCAGGAGGAUUGGAGGGCAGCUCAACACACACCUGAGCACACACAGACACCUGGAAGAUAGAGAUUCGGAGGAAGAGAGAGGAGAGAGGGACGGACAGGUGGAGCAUAGGAUGGAGGGAGGAGAGGACGGAGUGAUGAAGGGAGAGGACAGCAUGCUGGGGGUGAAGAAAAGGCUCAGCGAUGCCGCCCUCGCGGCCGAGUGGAGCCAGGACGUCUUGAAAGUGAAAAGGAUGAAGCUGGAGAGCCGACCCAGAGAUGGAGAGACCGAGGUGGGAGGCAGGAGGCGCGAGGGAGGGAGGGAGGGGAAGAGAAGAGAGAGGGAGGAGUUGAAAGAACAACUGGAGGAGGCCAGAGAGAGACUGCAGGCCCUGCAGGAGAAGGUGUGGAGGGCUUUUGGGGAAAAGCACAUGGCAGUGGAGGAGAAGGAGAUGAGGUGCAGAAACGGAGGAGGGGGAGAAGAUGAAGGAGAAGGAGACGCUGGAAUGAUGAUGGAGGAGGAGGACAUCACAGAAGGGUUGUAUGAUGAAGAGGACAUAGAUGGUGGAGAGAUAGAAAAGGAAACAUUCUCCCUUCUUUCUGUUUCCCCUUUUGACAACUUCCACAAACAGAGGGAGGAGAGGCAAAAAGACGGGGGAGGGAGGAUAGAGAGAGGAAGAGGAGGAGGAGGGUUGCACUUGGAGGGCUUGAUGGAAGGAGCGGGGUUGUGGUUGGAUUGUGGCGGGCUGGUAAGGGGUGAUUGGCAUGGGGGGAUAGAAGACGAGGGCGAGGAGGGAGGGCAGAAGUUUGCUCAGGCGCUGAAGGUGGAGCUGGGCAGCGCCGUGGCUCGAGUCAUAGACCGAGUUCUCCGCCUCUACACCGAGGUUGCCGAUGUCACGCCCUCCUCUCCUCCCGCCGCCAUCGCCUUCCUGCCGCCUGACGCGGGGAACGAUGGCGGGAGGGAGAGGGGAGUGUGGAUGGGACUAUUGACGAGAGGAAGAGGGGAGGAUAAACCGCGAGGUAAGGAAGAAAAGACGGGACGGCAGGAUGGAGAGAGGGAGAAGCCGAUGCAAAAAAGGAGCAACGGGAGCGUCCCGCCUCUGGGGCAGCCCCAUCUCACCGAACCGUCGGACCUGGCAAUGCCAUUGGCCGUCCCAAGGUCACCUGACAUCCGAAAAGCCCACCCACUCCUCGGCCCACCUCUCUCUGCUCACCUAAAUCCCUCUCACCCGAACCUCUCCCUUCAUCAACCGACCCUCCCUCGCCCUCCUCCUCUUUCUCACCCCAACCUCCUGGCUCCAGCGUCGCAACCCAAGGACCUCUCCUCCUCCUCCUUCCACCUGUCCUCCUCCUCCUCCUCCUCUUCCUCCUCGUCCUUCCCCGCGCCUCCCCCUCCACCCCCUCCGCCCCCUCCCCCGCUCCCUCUCCCCCUUCUCCACUACUCCAUGCAGCAGCUCUUCUCUCGCUCUCUUCACCACCCUCAGCUGCCCCACCUUCAUCCGUCCCGCAAGGACUAUUUGAACUCGGACCCCUUCCUGGAGUUCUCGACUCACCCCUCGUCUCACCCCUCUUUCCCACCGCUCCCCUUGCUCGGCCACCUCGACCCCUCCCUUGCGCGCCACGCUCACGGAGGCAGAGAGAGAGGGAUGAGGGGAGACGGGGGGAUGAGAGGAGGAGGAGGGAUGGACGGAGGAGAGCUCUACCUGAGUGCCGGGGGAACCCAGGAGGGCUUGUCUCCCUGCCACCUGAAGAAAGCCAAGCUCAUGUUCUUCUACGCACGCUAUCCCAGCUCCAAUACGCUCAAGACGUACUUCCCUGAUGUCAAGUUUAACCGCUGCGUGACCUCCCAGAUGAUUAAAUGGUUCAGUAACUUCAGAGAGUUCUUCUACAUCCAGAUGGAGCGCUUCGCACGUCAGGCUGUCCGCGAGGCUCUCACCCGGGAGGGUGCACCUCGUCUGGGCAGAGAGAAUCAACUGCGAGUGGGCCGUGAUACAGAGCUGUACCGCAUACUGAACAUGCACUACAAUAAAAGUAACGUCUACCAGGUACCAGAGAGAUUCAUCGAGGUAUCAGACAUGGCCCUGAGGGAGUUUUACUCAGCCAUUUGGACUGGGAGAGACAGCGACCCCUGCUGGAAGAAAGGGAUAUAUAAGAUCAUCUGUAAACUCGACAGUCCUGUUCCAGAUGCCUUCAGGCUGCCCGGUUGUCCCGUUGGCUGAGAGACGAAGUCCCUUUUCCAUCUGGUACAUGUACACACAUGCAUGCAUGACACACAACGAGGGGAUUACACUGUGCAAAUCCACACCGUGAGAACUGGUGUGAGGAAAUCUGCUCGAUUCUACUAUUUGGUUUAUUCAUAAUUCAUUAAUUUCUUUUUUUCUUUUUUAAAGAAGAGAAUUUUAAAUGUGUUUAGUUUUGCACACACCGUGUGCAGGGGAAGACAUGCAUGCUCUAAUGGACGCAUAGCAGUGCAGUGGUAAGAGUCUUGUGACUGCACUUAUCGAGGAACGUGACCGUGCUAUUGAAUUAAAACAGGACGGAGCAGGAAUCCCCUCUCCAAACAUUCUUCACCGGCCGACUGUGCUGCCACACGGGUUUGAUGAAGCGGCCGGAAGGUCGCUGCAGCCACAGAAUGGACUGGUGUUUAGUCACGAUGUCGUGGAAAUAUGCUUGCUGUGCAUGGUGUGUAUGCAUCCGCUCAGUAAUCAAAUGUACUGCUGACCACUGUUUACCAAGCAUGGGCACUGCACACGUACAUCAAUUACAUUAUAAUACGAUGUAUAACAUGUUUUCAGAUACUAUCAGAUAAAGAGCCCAUCACCUGAUCACAUAAAUAUAUAUAUAUACACGUUUCUCAGAUUAGUCGCCUCAUUUUCCUCAUCAUCCCUUUUCACAUGUGAGCAGAGAGCAGUGUUGCUUACACAGCUUCCUGGUUCUUUUAUUUAUUUUUUUCAGAGAAAGCUGUAAUAUUGCAGUCUAAUUAAUCAUGAGUCAUUUUUGCACAAAUAGCUCCCAGCUACCGCACCCCAAAAACAUUUCAAGGCCGCUCUCCCCCGGGGUGUGUUCACGGUUUUACAUCAGAGACUUUUUAAAACAUUAAAUGCGAUUGUUUGCUAGGAAUGGUUGUUUUCGUGUGUGUGUGUUUGGGCUUUUUCUUCUCUGGAGUGUCAGAAGUAUCUUUUUUUGGUUAGCUUUUACAUUUUAAAUAUGUUUUCCCCGGCUCUGAGGAGGCUUCUCUUCUUCUUUUUUUUUCUUCCACCAACAGAAAGCUUGUCAUGUUUGAAUUCAUUCAAAGGUUGCAAAAAAAUAAUAAAAUAUAUAUCCACUUAAUAAAUCAGGCUUGGACAUCUUUAAAGAAAACGUGAGGACCAAUCACAGUUAAUGUUAAAAAGCAGAUAUUGUAACUCUUUGGUUAAUUGUAAGGUUUGAAAACAUGAAGUUUCCCUUGUUUUAAACUACCAGGGCAAUGGUUUCAGUCAGUGGAUUAUGUUUGCUUGUAUAUCCAUCUCUUUGUUCAAUAUUUAAUUAUAUGACUUUUUGUACAUGAUGGCACAAUGUAAUCAAAGUGUAAUUAAAAUUAUGCCAAGAGGGACAAUAUAUUGAAUUCAAACUAGUAAAAUGAAUGUUUUGUCAUUUCCUUGCCGUACUGUUAUCGUUGAAAUAUUCACUUCUGUUUUUGUAUUCCUUUAAUGUGAUGCUAAACUAAAUAAGCCGGUUGUACAGUUAGUAAAUAUCGACAUUAGUUUCCAAAAGGUAUUGCAGUAACUUUGACUCCAUCUUCUGUAUAUCAAGGCUCUUAUAUCGGGAGGAAACUUGGGUUUCUGUCCCUAAAAAAUGUUGAUCGACGGCUCCAGAGAAAGUCCUCCUCUGGCUGUGAGACCGAGGCCGUGUAUGUAAACUCUUCGUGGCGUGUUUUCAACUGCAUGUUUCCUAUAUUUGCAUUACAUUUUGUAUCGUAAUCCCUUUUUUCUCUCGUUGCUUUCAUUGGUUUCUCUU